ACUUCUCUCUAUUGUUCGGAUCAUGUAUCUCCUACGUGUAGUGGUGGUGGCACUCUGUAUAACUACUGUGAUUACAGUGUCCGUUGUCAUAUGUUCCUGUGUCAGAAGACGACGUUUGUCAACUGGCCCUAACCAGAAAUCUAACCAAGAUGUUGAAAGUAUUCUAGUUCAGCAUGGAUCACUGUCUCGAAAGAGAUACAAGUAUUCGGAAAUCAAGAAAAUAACAAAAUCAUUUAAUGAGAAACUUGGUCAAGGAGGAUACGGUAGUGUCUACAAAGGUGUGCUACCCGAUGGAUCUCUCGUUGCUGUCAAGGUUUUGAUCGAGACAAAUAGCAAUGGAGAAGAGUUCAUCAAUGAAGUUGCUAGUAUUAGUAGAACCUCCCAUGUCAAUAUUGUCAAUCUCUUGGGAUUUUGCUUCGAUAGAAACAAGAGGGCUUUAGUAUACCAAUUUAUGCCCAAUAAAUCCUUAGACAAGUUCAUCGGCGAUAAAGAUUGUCCUCUGGAUAUAGAUACAUUGUACGACAUUGCGGUUGGAGUUGCCAAAGGUUUGGAAUAUCUGCACAUGGGAUGCAAUACAAGGAUUGUUCAUUUCGACAUUAAGCCUCAGAACAUUCUUUUGGACGAGGAAUUCUGUCCAAAAAUAUCGGAUUUUGGGCUUGCUAAACUAUGCAAGAAGAAGCAGAGUAUAUUGUCGGUGCUUGGGACACGAGGCACUAUUGGGUAUAUUGCUCCUGAAAUAUUUUCGAGAAAUUUCGGAGGAGUUUCUCAUAAAUCUGACGUCUAUAGCUAUGGAAUGAUGGUUCUUGAAAUGGCCGGAGCGAGAAAAUUUGUCGGAAACGAGGCAAUUCAAUCUAGUGAGAAUUAUUUUCCUGAUGAAAUCUACGAGCAUGUAGUUGAUGCCACCGAGAAAGCAAACGAUUUAAUAGUGAUUGAUGAUGACGAAGAAACUACAAGGAAAAUGUUUUUGGUCGGAUUUUGGUGCAUUCAGACAACUCCAUCGGAUAGGCCAUCAAUGUCAAAGGUUGUUGAAAUGUUAGAAGGAAGUAUUGAAUCCAUACAAGUUCCUCCGAAGCCAGUAUUGUGUACUCCUACUCUUGGGAAGAAAGAAAUUUCUUCAUUUUCAGUAUAUGUGGAGACAGAAAAUUCAGAUGAAGAUUAAGCACUGAUCUGGAAUCACAUAUAAUCAUAUCAUAAAUAUCUAGUAUGAUGCAUGAUAUGUAAUUUCCUCGAAUGUUACAACGAUACACUUUCGUAAAUAGUCUCCAUCCUUUCCUCUAAUUUUGCAACCUAGAAAGGGGUUUCUCUAAUUUUCCUUAGAAGGAUGUAUAAAGAUUGUCUUACACUUUAUUCAAGGUUUUACGACAAA